AUGCCCAGAGUAGCGCGGUUGCUUGUAUGCGUCAUUGUGGCGAUGCUGGCUCUACACAUGCCUCGAGGAGCGCUGGGAACCUCGUUGUCUGGCGAGGAACUUUCAGAGGCAUUGCCUGGAUCUCCUCAGAAGGCAAUCGGUGAUACACUGCUGGCAUCCAUGCUUCAAUCGGUUAUAGAUGGUAUCAUCGGAAAUGCCAGAGUGGACCUCGGUGGCACUAUGAUGCCGAAGAACUCAUCGUGGGUUAAAUUGAACGGCUGGAUCAUCGGCGUGAGUGUGGUGCUCAGCAUUUUAUUUGUUGUUAGCGUCGCGGCAACAGUGUGUGUCAUACGGAACAGGAAGGGUGGAGCAUCUUCAAACAGUAGUGGGAGUGGCGAAGAAACUCAAGAAGAAGACGAGAGUGGAACUGAAGAAGAGAGUGAAAGUGAUUAG